UGGAAGCAGCUGCUGGACCUGUCACUGUACCAUGCCUCUCAAUGUCCUAGGAAAAACCUUUCGGUUUCUUGGGUAUACUGUGCAAUAUGGCUGCAUAGCACAUUGUGCCUUUGAGUACCUUGGAGGAGUUGUCGUGUGUUCUGGACCUUCAAUGGAACCAACUAUUCAAAAUUCUGAUGUUGUCUUUUCGGAGAACCUUAGCCGCCACUUUUAUUGCAUUCGAAAAGGAGAUAUUGUAAUUGUGAAAAGCCCAAAUGACCCCAAAUCAAAUAUCUGUAAAAGAGUAAUUGGCUUGGAAGGGGAUAAAGUCUGCACAAGCAACCCUUCAGAUUUCCUUAAGAGUCACAGCUAU